AUGCCGACUAUCACAACUGCCGAGGAAGCCACCAUGCUGCAGCUGCAGGAUACUGCUAGUUCCUGUGGUCUGCGUCGUUCGUACCUGGGGACGGAGUUCAACCAGCCCCAGGUUGACAAGAACUUCUUCAAGCCGUGCAGGGUCUCCAUCGUGGAUGAUGCGCCUCGGCCAGACAUCAAGUGGAACCCGUCCUAUGUGACCUUCGUGAAGAGGGUUGACCGGCUGGCAGUGCUAGCAAGCGAUCGUCCUACUAGUCUACCAGAAGGCUUUCCUGCUUCUGUAGAUUCAGCACGAGUUUGGUCUGGGUCAGACUUUGAGAAGCCAUCAAGUUAUAUCUUGAACUUUAGCGAGGAUGACAUCAAAGAAAUCGAGAACGGACUUGCAUACUUCAAAGGCUUGCCCGGUGAUCAUGGUCCAGACGAUGUGACCAAAGAGACCUUCCCAUUACCCGAACUUGCAGAGAGACUUAAAAAAAUAGCAUAUGACCUGCAUUUUGGGCAUGGUUUUGCCGUCCUGCGUGGCCUGGAUCCCGACAGAUACUCUCCCCUCGACAAUAUACUCCUGUAUCUUGGCAUCACCAGCUACAUUGCCGAGACUCGUGGCGCACAGGACUACGACGGGCGAAUGGUUGUCCAUAUCAAAGACAUGGAGAAAAAUCUCCCUCCAGAGACAGGUAGACCGUCGCCGUACUCUAGCCGAGCCCAGCCCUUCCACACCGACCGCUGCGACAUUCUAGCCAUGUACGCACUCGGCGUGGGCGCCGUUGGCGGCGAAUCCCUCCUGGCCUCGUCAGGGAAGGUCUACAACGAGAUCGCUGCAAACCGGCCAGACAUCAUUCACGUCCUGGCCAACGAUGACUGGAUUUUUGAUGAAUUCCUCUCCUACCCCAAAUGGCAAACCGGCGCUCUCCUCUUCGACUUUGGCGCUCACGGCCCCAGCUUCUGUUACUCUCGUCGCCCCAUAACUGGCGCGCCCUUCUCACCACACACCCCAGGCGUCCCCGCCAUGACAGAGAUCCAAGCAGAAGCAUUAGACAUGGUGCAUUUCACAGCAAAGAAACACCAGAUCUCGAUUACACUGCAAAAGGGUGACAUCGAGAUCUUCAAUAAUCUAGCCCUCUUCCACGGGCGCGAGGGCUUUGUUGACGACGAAUCGCACAAACGGCACUUCUUGCGGCUAUGGUUGAAGAAUGAGGAGAUGGCAUGGGAGACUCCUGAGACACUGAGGAGCCAGACGGCUGAAUUAUAUGAGAAGAAGGGGCUCGAUGCUCCACCGAAGUGGGAUGUUGAUCAUGCGCCGCCAGUACCGAGGGUUAUUACGAGGCAUAUGCGGUGCUCGUAG